GCAAGAGAGUUGAAUUCAAAGCUCAUAAAUACAGUAAAGCACAGCGUGAGAGAUGCGUCAAACUCCGUGGUUCUCGGAAGACAAUUCCGCUUAUUGACUUGACUUCGUAGACUUUGAAAGUCAAAGACGGAAAGAGACUGAAGGCUGAGUCCUUUGGAAAUUUCAUGCUAAAACCAAUUGUUCUGAUAGGAAAUGAUAAGAGGAGAAAAGAGAAGCAACAGAGAGAUCUCAUUAUCUUGUUAUGGAUUUCAUCACUCUGCUUUUUCUUUUCUCUGCAUUUUUCACUGCUUCAGCUCAACAAAUUCAGUCUAAUGUUAGCCGAAGCUCUUCUCUGACACCCACCACAAACCCUACGUGGUUGUCACGUUCUGGUCUCUAUGCCUUUGGAUUUUACAAGCAGGACAAUGGCUACGCUGUUGGGAUUUUUAUGGCCGGAAUUCCCGAGAAGACUGUUGUCUGGACUGCAAAGCGUGAUGACCCACCUGUCUCCAGCAAUGCUACCUUGCUUUUCGCAAGCGAUGGCAGUCUUGUCCUUCAAAUGGGUCAAGAGCAGGUGGCCGUCGUAGCUGAAUCUUCUGGGUCUGCUUCGGCGUCCAUGCUAAACUCAGGCAAUUUUGUCAUCUAUGGUUCCGAUCAAGGAAUAAUAUGGGAGAGUUUUGACUACCCGACUGAUACGCUUUUACCCAGUCAACGUCUCUUCGCAGGUUCUGAGAUCGUUUCUAGCAUUUCAGACACUCGACCCUCAACGGGUAUCUUCCGUCUGAAGAUGCAAAAUGAUGGAAACCUUGUUCAGUACCCGGUGGAUACUCCAGACACAGCUCCAUAUGCUUACUAUGCAUCUGGGACAAAUGGCCUUGGAGAUAACGUGACACUAAACUUUGAUGCUGAUGGCCAUCUCUACUUGCUAAACGCUACUAGUUUCAACAUCAGGAAUCUGACGGAUGGAGGAUAUCCUACAAAAGAAACUAUUUAUCUCAUGAGAAUUGACGUUGAUGGGAUAUUCCGGCUGUACUCCCAUAAUCUGACACAGAAGGGAAACUGGUCAACUGUAUGGUCUUCGUCAUCUGAUGUGUGCAGUCCAAAGGGUCUUUGCGGAUUAAAUGGUUUUUGUGUUACAAAUAAUCAAAAGGCUGAAUGUGUAUGUCUUCCGGGAUUCGAAAUGGUACAACAGGGGAACUGGACCGCUGGCUGCGAGAGGAAUUUCACUGUAGAAAGUUGCAAAAGCAAAAAUGGAGAUAUUAAAUACAACAUGCAAGAAGUGGCUAACACCAUAUGGGAAGAUGCUUCAUAUUCUGCUUUGACAGUGCCAUUCAAAGAUUCUUGCUCACAAGCCUGUUUAGCAGACUGUAACUGUGAAGCUGUGCUAUUCAAAGACAGGACGUGCCAAAAACAAAGGCUUCCGUUGAGAUAUGGGAGAAGGCAACUGACUGAUUCAACCGUAGCUUUCAUCAAGGUAAGUACGUCUACACCUACACCUACACCCACUACUCCAAACGGAAAUAUGCAGAGAGAAAACAAGAAAGAGAUUCGAGUAAACAUCCUAAUUAUUAGUGCUUCAAUUGGUGCUUUGGGAUGCAUGAUGUUGGUAAUCUCCGCAAUUGUGUUGUACAAAAAUCAUUUUCGGUAUAAAAAACUCUCUUGUGAUGGAAAUGUUGAACUCAGUGACGAUUUUGCUCCACGAUCGUUCACAUAUUCAGAACUUGAGAAAGUGACAGAUGGUUUCAGGGAAGAGAUCGGUAGAGGCUCAUUCGGUGCAGUGUUCAAAGGGGCGAUGUCGAAUGGCCAGAAGGUUGUAGCUGUCAAAAGACUAGAGAAAGUGUUGGCCGAAGGGGAAAGAGAGUUUCAGACUGAGAUGAAAGUUAUUGGGAGAACACAUCACAGAAACCUUGUCCGUCUGCUCGGGUAUUGCCACGACGGAAGUCAUAGGCUUUUGGUAUACGAGUACAUGAGCAACGGGUCACUCGCAGAUAUACUUUUCACACCAGAAAAACAGCCUUGUUGGGAUGAAAGAAUGGGCAUUGCUCGCAACGUAGCAAGAGGGAUCCUUUAUCUCCAUGAAGAGUGUGAGCAACAAAUCAUUCAUUGUGACAUAAAGCCUCAAAACAUUCUCAUGGAUGAGUGUGGGUGUGCCAAAAUCUCCGACUUUGGAUUGGCAAAGCUGCUCAAGCCAGACCAAACCAGAACCUUUACCGCCGGCAUUAGAGGGACAAAGGGGUACGUUGCACCAGAGUGGCAUAGGAAAUUGCCCAUCACAGUAAAAGCAGAUGUUUACAGCUACGGCAUUAUGCUCUUUGAGAUUAUAUGUUGUCGAAAGAGUGUAGACUGGAAUCUACCCGAGGAAGAAAGUGUUCUUGAUGAAUGGGUCUGCGAUUGUUUUGAAUCUGGCAACCUAACUGAACUAGUUGGGAAUGAAGUGGCUGAUAAGAAACAAGUGGAGAGAAUGGUUAAACUAGGACUUUGGUGCAUUCAAGAUGAUCCAUCACUCCGGCCCUCAAUGAAGAAGGUUCUGCUUAUGUUGGAAGGGACUGUGGAUAUUCCAGUCCCUCCCAAACCCGACUCUUUCCUGAGUACAAUAUAGGCUCCCAAUUGAUUGAGCCUCGCAAUUUGUACAACAAAGUAGUUAAGUUUAUGUAAGCUUUUACAUUCAAAUGAUGCGUGCACUAGCCUUGUAAUUUCCUGUCAGUUUUCUAUCUUACUCUCCAGUGAAGAAUAAAUGCUUGUUGCCAAUGUCAUGUAUGUUUAUUAGAACCUGUUGUGAUUGUGCAUAGUUGUUCUAUUGUGACAAAUUAACAUGUUCGGAUCCAAAAAAAGUAGAAAAGAGAAAACAAAAUGAGUAAAUCACAGAAGAUACCAAGAUUUAAG